AGUUCGAGGCGUCUUUCUUCCUGGACGACGACGGCUACUUGUCUGGAUUAUCAGCUCUGCACCGUUGAACGGAUCCCUAAAACACAUCAUGAUUUCUCAGAAGGUUGCUCAGCAAUCGCUGCGGCGGCUUGCCGUCCAGCAGCCCUAUGCCAUGCGCUGGUCUUUGAUGAACUCCGCAACCCCCGCUGCUGUCGCUAUGGGACGUUUUAUGCAGACCAGGCAAGCUGCUACUACCUCGAACACCUCUGACCCCACCAAAAUCCUUGCGCAACAGCGUCUGAACCGUCCCGUUUCCCCUCACCUUUCCAUCUACCGCCCCCAGAUCACUUGGAUCGGCAGUAGUUUCCACCGUAUUACCGGAUUCGCCCUUUCUGGCUCUCUGUAUCUUUACGCGACUGCAUACCUUGCCUCGCCCUUGCUCGGCUGGCAUCUGGAGUCGGCCUCCGUGGCCGCUGCUUUCGCUGCCCUUCCCAUUGUUGCCAAGGUCCUUCUCAAGGGUGUUAUGGCUCUUCCAUUCACCUACCACUGCUUUAACGGAGUGCGUCACUUGGUCUGGGAUCUUGGUAGGGGAAUUACCAACCAGCAGGUCAUCAAGUCUGGUUGGACUGUUGUGGGCCUGAGCGUGCUCAGCGCCCUUGCUCUCGCCUUCCUGUGAUUUUCUUGUGUCAUACCUAUUAAGCUGAUCUUGUUUCACUAAAACUGUUUUCUAUGCAUUAUAUCUUAUCCCGGUCAAUUCAAACUGAUUUUUGAAUUUCAUGAUUAUUCCUUUUCAGACAUCCAUGGUUCUGGGCUUGGGGACGUAGAUCACCUAAAGAUCGCAGGCACGAAAGGGUGAACAACAAACAGAGACUGAAUAUUUUAGGAGAGCCAGCGUUGUAUUUUCAAUGCCGUGUCCCAGUUUUCCAUGUUGA